UUUUCAUGUUCUGAAUGUGGCAAAUGGUUUACUCAGAAAUCAAAUCUUAUUAAGCAUCACAAAAUUCACACAGGAGAAAAAGCGUUUCCAUGUUCUGAUUGUGGGAAAUGUUUUACUCAUAAAUAUACUCUUAUUACGCAUCUCAAAAUUCACACAGGAGAAAAAGCAUUUUCAUGUUCUGACUGUGGGAAAUGUUUUACACAGAAAUCAUCUCUUAUUAUGCAUCACAAAAUUCACACAGGAGAAAAAGCAUUUUCAUGUUCUAACUGUGGGAAAUCUUUUACUCAGAAAAAAAGUCUUAUUGAUCAUCAGAAAAUUCAUACAUUGGAGAAAGCAUUUUCAUGUUCUAACUGUGGGAAAUGUUUUGCUCGGAAACGUGGUCUUAUUGAUCAUCUGAAAAUUCAUACAGGAGAUGAAGCAUUUUCAUGUUCUGAAUGUGGGAAAUGUUUCACUCGGAAAAGAAGUCUUAUUGAGCAUCAGAAAAUUCACACAGGAGAAAAAGCAUUUUCAUGUUCUGACUGUGGGAAAUGUUUUACUUGGAAAUCAAAUCUUGUUGAUCAUCAAAAAGUACAUACAGGAGAGAAACCAUUUUCAUGUUCUGAAUGUGGGAAGUGUUUUACGCACAAAUCAUCUCUUAAGAAGCAUCACAGAAGUCACACAGGAGAGAAAGCAUUUUCAUGUUCUGAGUGUGGGAAAUGGUUUGUGCAGAAAUUUGAUCUUAUUAGGCAUCACAGAAUUCACACAGGAGAAAAAGCAUUUUCAUGUUCUGACUGUGGAAAAUGUUUUAAUCGGAAAGCAAAUCUUAUCGAUCAUCAAAAAACUCAUACAAGAGAGAAUGCAUUUUCAUGUUCUGAAUGUGUCUAUAUAAUUCAUGUCUAUCAAGGAGACUUCGUUGCUACUUGGAUUGGAAAGCUAUGA